AUUCAUGUAAUAAUGGACAAGAUAAUUGGAUGCAUAGGAGCAAAUUAGACAAAUUAGAUAAAGAGACUAGUCAAUUAAAACAGGAAUUGUUAGAUUUAAAAAAUGCUGAUUUGAUAGAGUCUAAGAAAAAUUUAGGGGAUCAAAUGGAUUCAGAAAAGUCUCCCAAGUCGGAGAACAAGCAUUUGUUCAAACAAACUUUAGAAGGGUCCUUCCUUGAAUUCAAAUAUCCUAAACAUCAAUUAUUGCAGUCAAAUAAAUAUUCUAAAGAAAAAAUGGAAUUGGAAAUGCAAUUGGAUUGUAAAAAAAAGGAAGUGCAAGAGAAGCAAAAGAAGAUCUUAGAACUUCAAGACAAGGUUCGUGAAAUUGUCCAAAUGGAAUAUCAAUUGGAGGAAAAAGUUAAACGAUUGGAAGCUUCUAACAAGGAAAGGGAUAGAUUAGAACGAGAGUUAAUUGCAACUAGAUCUGAAUUAGCAACAGUUAAGAGGACGUUAGAAUUGGAACGUCAAGAGAGAAGAGAUUUAGAGAGUAAAGCUCUUGCUCUUAUAAAAGAUGCUAAGCGUAAAUGGGAAAAUGCAGAAAAAGAAAAAGUUGUACAACUUAAUAAACACAUUGAUACUCAAACUACGCGCAUCACAGAAUUGUGUACUAGUAACAACGAAAUGAGUUCCAGGUUACAGAGAAUGGAGUGUGAACUUGAAACCGCUAAUGCAGAAUUACAUAAACUUAGACUAUUUCAGUUGCAAUAUAAGGAAUCUUUAGCCAAAACCAGAGAGCUCAACCGACAGAGUGUUCAAGGGGUUGAAACAAAGUUAGAAGAAAUAGCAAACCGUUCACAUAAUCAAAUAUCUGAAUUACGUGCUAAACUAGAUUUUGAAGUAGUAAAAAAUACGGAAUUAGAAAGUAAAUUAAGAAAUGAACAAGAUUCUAAUCAUUGUCGUCAGUCGAGGCUCCACGUUGCUUUGGAACUCGCCCAGAAUGAACUUAAAGAUUGUCAAGAGCAAUUACGUGCUUUACAAGCUACAAUACCUGUGAGAGAGACUGAAAUAGAAACUUUACGUAAACAGUUGCAAGAAAGAACCAAACAAUUGGAAAAUGUGCAGAUAUCGGAGCAAACUUUUACUAAUAUGCGAGAACAACUUGAAAUGUUGAAGACAGAAAAUGAACAACUUAAGGAACAAUUGGAAUCAACUAAAUCUGAUUUGAAUGAUACCAUAGUAAAUUUGGAACAGAAUGAAACUCUUGCCUUAAAUUUAGAACAAAUUACACAAGACAAAGCUGUUUUGCAAAAAAGAUUACAAGAUUCUUUGGAUAAGGAAGAGGAACAUUUACGUAAAGUUGGUAAUUUGGAAGAACUAUUGAAACGUUUGGAGCAGAGUGUUACUAAAUUGGAAGCUGAAAAUGCUAGUCUUAAAAAAUCAGGGUUUACGGAAUCAAACAGUAACGUGGUUUUUUCAGAAAAUUUACUUGAAAAGAAUUCACAUUUACAAGAACAAGUGCAAAAACUCGAACAACAAAUCGAAACUUUAAGAGAAAAUGUUACUGCCGAACGACAAACAGUAAGGCAGACUCAAAUGACUUUAUGGAAAAAAGAAAAAGAGUUGUCCGAUUCCAACUUGGACAAACGAAUUGCGUUGAGAGAAGUAAAAACAGCUGAAGGUAAAAUCAAAACGUUGCAGGAGGACAAGCAGAAGUUAUUGGACAGAAUAAAUAAUAAAACAAAAGAAGACGAAGAGAAGUCGAAAAAAUUAUUGAAAGAAUUGGACAGCGCUAAAACAUCUUUAAAUGAAAUAACAAAAGAAGCAACUAGAAAUAAACUGCAAGCAGAUUCAGCUCAAAGGGCGUUAACGCAAGCUAAUCGCGAGAUGGAAGAACUUCAGUCUACGAGUGCAGCAUUACGAAGAGAGGUGGAUGCAACGCGUAAACAAUUGCGUGUGUAUCAAGAUCGCAUAGACAGUCUGAAUGCAGAAAAUAAACGUUUGUCGCAAUCCAGUAUGAAAAAUAACGAAGACAAAGUAGCAUUGGAAAUGAAAAUAGAAAAAUUAGAACAGGAAAUAAAUGGUUACGAGCUUAACAUCGAGCUUCUUAAAGAAACUUGUACGGUACUUGAGGAACAAUUAACGGAUUACGAAAGAUUAACGAGUGAUCAUGAAACUCGAGAGAAUAUGUUGAUUCAAGAUAAAAUGAAGUUACAAAAAGAUUUAGAAACUGCGGAAGGAAAGUUACGUACAUUGCAAGCAACGCUAAACGAAGAAAACAAAUUGAAAUUGACGGCAGAACGUAAUGUCGAAAAAUUAGAGGUGGAAGUAAAUGAUCUGGAAAGUGAAAGAAAUAAUUUAAUUGCUCAAAGAGAUCAAUAUAAAAAGUUGGUACAAGAGUUGACGGUACAGGUUGAAUCUUUGAGUAUGAAAUGCGGCGAUUUAGAAUGCGAUUUAUCCGAAAUGCAACGCGCACUUGAAAAUGCUAAAGCGGAAGCGAUAAUAGUCAAAGAAGAAAGUAGCCAACACUUAACGAGUUUACACGAAUUAAAGGAAAUCAAUUAUACGUUAAUGGGAGAUUUACAAAAUAGCAUAGACCUGAAUCAAGAUCUCAGAUGUAGAAUAGCAGAAAUGGAAAAUGUUUUAGCUGAAAUGAGACAAUUCUAUCAAGAGAGAGAAGUUAAAGCUGAAAGUACUCGACAGCAGCAGGCUAAAUUAAUAGAUUAUUUACAAUUGAAGUUGGAAGAAUCUGGUAAGAAAAAGAAGACAAUGUGCGACAAAAUUCUUGGUACUAAACAAAAAGAAAAUAUUCCUCCUAUCAGUACGAGCAUGCCGAUUGGAUAUCGCGAAUUAGAAAAUCAACUUACCAAAGAACGAGCCAAGGUGAAAUCAUUAACGGAUCAAUUAUUAGCAUAUAAGGCUAUGCAUAUAUCUGCAUCGGCACCUUCCUCGCCAUCAUCUCCAGAAAUAAAAAGGCCUAUGGCACACGUUACGGAAACGACUAAUGACAUUUUAACUAAACGUUUGUCGCCGCAGAGAAUGGGUCAUAAUAUUUCACAUAGAUUUAACGUAGCAUUACCGAUGCGUGCUGGAAAAUGCUCUGGAUGCAGGGAUUCCAUUCAGUUUGGAAAACGCGCAGCUAUUUGUAGCGAAUGUCAAAUAAUGGCACAUUUGAAAUGUUCAUUAUCCGUUCCUGCAACGUGUGGUCUUCCUGGAGAUUUCAGCAAACAAUUUAAUAGAAUUAUGAAGGAUAGAGAUGAUAGUAUAUCAUCUUUGGGCGGCAGCGUUCAAACAUUAUCUAUAGACCAACCGGAUAAACCUGAUACGAGUCCUCAAAAUGUUCAAGAUAACAAUAGUGAUGUUUCGAUGGAAGGCUGGGCGAAAGUACCGGCACGAUCUAAAUCCUGUUGGGAAAGAAAUUACCUGAGAUUAGAAGAAUCUCGUUUAUGUAUAUACGACCAUCAACCUUCCCCUGGAAUGUCACCAAUACAUUGUUUAAAUCUAAACGAUAAAGAAGGUUUUAACAUUGUGGAGAAUAUUCAAGAAGCUGAAGUAAUUGGAACUGCAAAGUCUGAUCUACCAUUUAUCUUUAGAAUAGAAUCCAAUUCUUUAACAACUUGUUGGCCCACAUCUAGACUGGAUAUUAUGGCCUUAAAUCAAACUGAUAAAAAGAAUUGGGUGAAAGCUCUUAAAAUUGUUACUAGUCAAUGUUCGUCUGUUAAAUUAAUGAAAAAUGAAAAAUAUCAAACGGUACUUAAGUUAGAGAAACAUCAGUUGGACAUAAAUUGUGCGGUAGAUAUGACGGAAGGAAAUGUACUUUUGUUAGGUGCGGAAGAAGGAUUAUUUUCUUAUUGUGGCACCAAAUCGAAAAUACUUACGAUGAUUCGUGGAGUGAAGAAAGUUCAUCAAUUGUCUUUACAUCCUCCUUUAGACAUAGCUGUAAUGAUAGCCGGCGACAAUAGACAAUUAGUGUAUUGUUCUUUGAGACAAUUAAAGAGCAAUUCGCUCGCAGCCGAGUGUUCUAGGCCGGCGAUAAAUACGAAAGCUGUUUUGACGGGUUCCGAAAGUUGUCAUUUCUAUCAAUUACAAGACUCGUUCAUUUGUGCUGCAUUUGAAUCAUGUAUAAUAUUAUUCAAGUGGAUUGUCGAAGAGGAUCGCGGAGGAUUCGUUAAAAUUCGUGAAUUUGAAACACCUAAGCCUUGCAGCUGUGCUAUAUUUACGAAACAUCGUCUCAUUGUUGGAUGUAACAAAUUCUUUCAAAUUGAUCUCGAUAAUUAUUAUGUUGAAGAUUUUCCAGAGGAAGAUGACAAUUCAGUUAAGGCUACACUAUCUGGUGUUGCAAGACUCGGUAUUUUUCCAAUUUGUGUUUUAAAUGUGUCAUGUAAAUUUUCAACUGUUGAACUUUUGCUCUGUUAUAAUGAGUUUGGCGUGUUUGUUAGUGAAAAUGGUAAUAGAACACGAAGCAUUGAUCUAACAUGGAGUCAUUUACCAUUUGCUUUUGCCUUUCGAAAGCCAUAUUUAUUCAUCAUACAUUUUUCAUCAAUAGAAAUAAUCAAAUUAGAUGCAGAAGCAUUUACAUUAUCAUCGAAAACUCCAGAAAGAACUCUGAUAGAAUUUUCAAGCAUACGAUAUUUAGGUGUAACUAAUUCAAAAGGAAUUUAUAUUGCUUCCGUUAAUUCUUUUCUCGUGUUAUACAAAAUAGAAGGUUCUUUCAAUCUACCUGAUCUAAAUGGCAGUAUUACGAGCUUAGAUACGUCGGCGCAGGACGACGAAAGUACUUCAGAAUUCAGUUUUACUUCAAGUCUUAUGGAAGCUUUGGAUGGUCAAGGAAAGAAAGUACACUUUGUUGAUGUUUCUAAGGAUUAAAAUAAUUACUUAAUUUUAUAUAAUAUAUACAUAUAAAUAUAUGUGAAUCAAAUUUGGAUAGCGUACAUACAUAGAAUAUAUUUAUUUGAAUUUUAUGUUCAUCAUUAAUUAAUUAUUAUUUGCUUCCGGGAA